AUGGCGAGGUGGUUGCUACUCGGCUCGUUGGCCAGCUUGUUGGUCCAUCAGACGAGAAACGAGAUCCUGACGCCGCCGUAUUUUAAUUUAGCCGAGGGCAAGGAGAUCAUCGCGUCGGCCACGUGUGGCGUAGACACCCCCGGACCGGAACUUUACUGCAAGCUGGUAGGCGCGAACGCCGAUCAACACGAGGACAUUAAUCUGAUACAGGGUCAGGUAUGCGAUUACUGCGACGCGGACAACCCGGAAAAGAGGCAUCCGCCGGAGUAUGCGGUCGAUGGAAUGGAAACCUGGUGGCAAUCGCCGCCUCUGUCCAGAGGAGUCAAGUACAACGAAGUGAUUCUGACGAUUAAUCUUGGACAAGAGUUUCACGUGGCGUACGUGUACGUAAAAAUGGCGAACUCUCCGAGACCUGCAGUUUGGGCGCUCGAGAAAUCGAAAGAUUACGGCAAGACCUGGUCUGCUUGGCAAUAUUUCUCCGACACAGCCAGCGAUUGUUUAAGUUUCUUCGGUGUGGACAGUUACAAGCCAAUCACCAGAGACGACAGCGUGAUCUGCACGCUGGAGUACUCUCAGAUUGUGCCGUUGGAGGGUGGAGAAAUACCGAUUUCAAUUCUGAACAAUCGUCCAUCAGCGAAGAAUUACUUCAAUUCUACGCUUUUGCAAGAAUGGACCAGAGCUACGAACGUUCGUUUCCGUUUCCUGAGGACGAAGAAUUUGCUCGGACAUUUGAUGUCCUUGGUACAAGAGGAUCCUACCGUUACCAGGAGAUACUUUUAUUCGAUCAAAGAUAUCAGUAUCGGUGGUCGAUGCAUGUGCAAUGGCCACGCGGACACAUGCGACAUACUCGAUCCAAAGUUGCCGAAGAAACUCGUGUGCAAGUGUCAACACAACACAUGCGGACCUCAGUGCGCGACUUGUUGCAAAGGCUUCGAGCAGAAGAAGUGGCGACAGUCCACUGCGUUUAAAAAAUUCACCUGUGAACCUUGCAACUGUUUCGGCCACACGGACGAGUGCGGCUACGAUCCGGAAGUGGACGAGAAGCACUUGUCCCUGGACAUCCACGGCAACUACGAAGGUGGUGGCGUGUGCAUGAACUGCAGGCACAACACCGAAGGAAUCAACUGCAAUCGUUGCAAAGAAAAGUUCUACAGACCUCGAGACAAGCCUUUGAACGCGACAGACGUAUGCCAACCGUGUGACUGUGACUGGUUCUACUCGACCGGAAAUUGCGCGGAUGCGAGCGGAAAAUGCGAGUGCCGAAAGGAGUACACCGCGCCCGACUGCGACAGUUGCAGCUUCGGAUACUACGGAUUCCCGAAAUGUGUCCCGUGUCAGUGUCACAGAAACGGAACGGACGGCGAUCACUGCGAGGCGAUCGAUGGCUCUUGCCCUUGCAAGUCCAACUAUGCGGGUCACUACUGCGACCUGUGCGCAGAGGGAUACUACGACUUUCCUCGAUGUUUACCUUGCGAGUGCAAUCAUUUGGGCUCCCUUUCCGAAAAAUGCGACGUGGUCACCGGAAACUGCACCUGCAAGAACAACUACGGAGGGAGAACCUGCGAUAUUUGCGAGGAUGGCUACUACAAGUACCCUAAGUGCACUUUCUGCAACUGUGACACACGCGGAACGGAGCCAGGAGUUUGCGACAAAUCGAACGGAGUGUGCCUGUGCAAGGAAGGAUACGGCGGGCCAAGAUGCGACCAAUGCAUCAGCGGAUACUACGGAUACCCUAAUUGCAAACCGUGCAAUUGCAGCACGAUAGGCUCGUCGACAGUGAGCUGCGACGCGACAGGAAAAUGCUCUUGCCUGAGUAAUUUCGCUGCUAGGACGUGCAACCAAUGCAGCCCUGGUUAUUAUAUGUAUCCAGAAUGCAUAGCCUGCAACUGCGACAGCCACGGCUCGAUCGGCGCGUCCUGCGACGCGGAGGGCAAAUGUCAGUGCCGGGAGAAUUUCGACGGGUUCACGUGCAACCAGUGCAAAGAGGGCUUUUACAACUUCCCCACUUGCGAGGGAUGCAACUGCGACCCGGCAGGUAUCCUCGAGACCUUUCAAGGCUGCGGCACCCUGCCAGCCGGUGAACUCUGUCAAUGCAAGGAUCGCGUCGAGGGAAGAAUAUGCAACGAGUGUAAGCCGCUCUAUUGGAACUUGCAGUCUUACAAUCCUUACGGUUGCGAAGAGUGCCAGUGUAACAUACCUGGCGUGAUCGGAAACAUCGGUGAAUGCGACACAAAGACCGGCCAGUGUAUCUGCAAACCCGGAGUGUCGGACAGAAGUUGCAACCAGUGCGUGGACGGGACGUACAAUCUUCAAGAGAGCAAUUUCUUCGGUUGUACAGAUUGCGCCUGCGACAUCGGCGGUUCAGUGAGUUCCGUGUGCGACAAGCUAACGGGACAAUGUCCUUGUCAGCCACGAGUCACCGGUCUCACCUGCAAGCAACCCUUGAAAACUCACUAUUUCCCGACGCUUCAUCAGUUCCAAUACGAGGCAGAAGACGGCCGAACGCCUAGCAACAGUCCUGUUCGUUACGGUUUCACGGAGGAACACUUUCCUGGAUACAGUUGGAAAGGAUACGCUGUUUUCUCUGCUCUUCAGGACGAGAUCGUCCUCGACGUUUACAUACAGAAAUCGUCCUUGUACCGAAUGGUUCUGAAAUAUGUGAAUCCGAACAACGAGCCUAUUCUCGGCACGAUCACCAUUACUCCGGAGAAUCCGUCCGAGGUGCAACAACAAUUCAAGGUGAUCUUCAAGCCGACCGUGAAACCGUCGUUCGUGACUGUAGCAGGAGCUCAGGGUAACCUGCCUUCGCCUAUGGUGAUGAAUCCCGGAUUAUGGUCGAUUAGUAUCACUACGAAGAAGAGCCUGUUCCUCGACUACUUCGUUCUACUACCAGCUGAAUAUUACGAAGCAACGAUCUUGACACAGGACGUGAAUAUUCCCUGCGAGGUUGGCUACAAAGGACUCUGCAGACACUACGGUUAUCCUAAUUUGAUGAGGUUCGACUCUGUUCGCGGAGCUGGCGGAUUCCUCAACGAGAACAACGUGAGAAUUCCGUUGACCGAGUAUUUCACCGACAGAGAUAUCCUGCGUGAAAUCGACAGAGACGAGGUUCCGUUGAUCAACGACGCGCAGGGAAAGAUACAUUUCGAUCUAAGAAUUGCCAAGCCAGAACCGCAUGUCUUGCUAGUGACGUAUGUUACGCCUAAAAAUGAGAACACCACGUCUACCCUGCUCAUAGAGGCUAACACCGUUGGCAGAGGAAAGGCUACUCUGUAUCCUUGCAAGUACACCAGCGUUUGCAGACAGGUGGUCACCGAUACCUACGACAGAGUAGCCGCGAUGAAUUUUCACAGUAAUUACAUCAGUUUGAUUCUAACCGGGGAACCAGGUUCGAACGUCGCGAUCGACUCAGUCGUCGCUAUUCCUUAUCAUCAGUGGUCCUUGGACUACGUGAAACCGAAAUCUAUAUGCGUGAGGAAAGACGGAAAAUGCGUGAAAGGUCAAUUCCCCGGAGCAGCAGACGCGAAGAAGAUCGAGUUCGAAAGCAACAGCACGAUUCCUGAAUCCGAGAACAGGCCUUUCGGUAUCUACGACAACGGGACGAAGUUGAUCUAUCUGGACGACACGGACACCAUGGUAGAUAUCCACGCAAAGGUCCCACAGCCUGGGGACUACAUCUUCGUCGUGCAGUACUAUCAACCGGACUACCCAGAGUACGAGCUCGACGUUCUAGUGCAGAACGGUAAAUUCUACGAAGCAAAGAUGUCCGUUCCCCACUGUCCAAGCAACAGCGGUUGUCGCAGCGUGGUGAAACAGACCGACGGCAACAUCAGGUUCCAGCUGAUCGAGAACUUCAUGAUCACCUUCAAGGAGAGCAGCGGUAACGGUAUCUGGCUGGACUACAUCCUGGUUAUCCCAACGGAGCAGUACAACGAGAAGAUCCUGAAGAAGAUCCAGUUCGAUCAGACGAAAGAGUUCAUCAAGAAGUGCGGCUACAAUCAUUUCCACAUCAACAUCACCGACGACGGUUUCUGUCGCGACUCGAUAUUCUCUCUAACCUCCAACUACAACAAUCGCGCGUUGCCUUGCAACUGCGACAUCGACGGCACGAUAAGCUUCGAGUGCGAGAAAUUCGGCGGGAAUUGUCCGUGCAAGCCCAACAUCAUCGGGAGACGUUGCGAGAUCUGUAAGACGGGAUUCUACGGUUUCCCCAAUUGCAGACCGUGCAACUGUCCAAGCACAGCUCUCUGCGAGCCGGGAACAGGCGCCUGUAUCUGUCCUUCGAGAGUCACCGGCGAACGUUGCGACCAGUGCGAGGUUGGAACUUACGGAUUCCAUCCGAUAAUCGGCUGCGAGGAGUGCAACUGCUCUCCCGCGGGAGUGAUCAACGGAGACAUGCAGUGCGAUCUUCUGAACGGUAGCUGCAGGUGCAAGGAGAACGUCGUAGGCAGACAGUGCGACAAGUGUCGUCCAGGCUACUCUCAGUUCCCGCACUGCGAGAAGUGCGACUGCGACGUGAGAGGAACCACCGCGGAUAUCUGCGACCAGUACACGGCCGAAUGCUUCUGCAAGGCGAACGUUCAAGGAUUGGCCUGCGACGUGUGCAAAGAAGGCACCUUCAACAUCCAGGAGAACAACGAGGAAGGCUGUACCAAGUGUUUCUGCUUCGGGAAGACCAGCAGAUGCGCGUCUGCGAAUCUCUACAGGACUCACGUGACGGAUUUAACCGGCUGGGAUUUAACUGUGUUCGACGAGAAGGGUGGGAACAUGACGUUCCUGGCGACGAUUCCUCAGGAGUUCAACGAGACCAGCAUUAAAAUCGAGCUCACGUACAACGACACGUAUGGAAAAGUCGUCUAUUUCGUCGCGCCGGACACUUAUUUGGGGAAGAUGUUGACUUCUUACGGAGGAGUCUUCAAUUACACGGUUUACUACAGCACCGGACCGUUUGGUAACGCGGUUAGCGCGGCCGACGUGAUUCUUCAAGGCGACGAAACUACGCUCUUCUAUUACGCGGAGGAGCAACCACCCUCGUUCACGAAUUUCGAAUCAUCCUUGGAACUGAUCGAGGCGAACUUCUACACGCAGAAUCGUCUGAGCGCCACGAGGGAACAGCUGAUGGUGGUUCUCGAGAAUCUUCGAGGGAUAUUUAUCAGAGCUACUUACUGGGACCCCAGUAUACAAGCUUCCUUGUCGUACGUGACUUUAGACGUCACUACGGAGAUCUAUUCGCCUCAGUUUCACGUUCCAGCCAGCAGCGUCGAACAGUGUCAAUGUCCGCCGAAUUAUCAAGGUCUCUCCUGCGAGGAAUGCGCUCCAGGUUACUACAAAGUCGAGUCUGGACUCCACGGAGGCUACUGUGUUCGCUGCGAGUGCAACGGCCACGCUGACACUUGCGACGUCGAAACUGGAAUAUGUUUGGACUGCAAAGACGGUACAGUCGGGGAUCACUGCGAGUACUGCGAACAAGGUUACUACGGCAACGCGACAGGAGGAACACCAACGGAUUGUCUGAUUUGCGCCUGUCCUCUGCCUAUGCCGUCCAACAAUUUCGCCACCGGUUGCGAGGUGAACGAAGAGGGGAACAAGAUAAGCUGCGACUGUCUUCCCGGUUACUACGGUGCUCGCUGCGAGGUCUGCGCUUCCGGUUACUACGGGAAUCCCGAGACCAUAGACGACGAUUGUAAACCUUGCCAAUGCUCCGGUAACAUCGACACCAAUCAGAUUGGCUCCUGCGACUCGAGGACUGGACAGUGUCUGCACUGCUUGAACAACACUUACGGAGAAGCUUGCAACCUGUGCGCACCGGGCUUCUUCGGUGAUGCUAUCCAGAGGAAAGAUUGUCGCAGCUGUACCUGCGACGAAUGUGGAAUGGAGAAGUGCGACAGUUAUUCCGGCCAAUGUCACUGUCGCGAGAACGUGAUCGGAGAACAAUGCGAUCGUUGCGCGGACGAUCACUACGGCUACGACACCUGCGACGGUUGCAGAGCUUGCGACUGUGGAAUCGCCUCUAACAGUAGCCAAUGCGACGAGACAACUGGACAAUGUAGAUGUAAGCCUGGCGUGAUUGGACGCAGAUGCGACCAGUGUAUCGCUGGAUAUUGGAAUUACGGAACGGAAGGAUGCACUUCUUGCGAGUGUAACAUCGGAUACUCCGUUGGAGUGUCCUGCAACACCACUACGGGACAGUGUAGCUGUUUACCGGGCGUUAUCGGGGAGAAAUGCGACCAUUGUCCGUAUAGGAACGUGUUGAUCCCUGGACAAGGUUGCUUCGCUUGCGACUCUUGCACUGGAAACUUGCUGGACGUCACGGACGAGAUGUCCGGCGUACUGGACACUGUGUUCUAUGAGUUCAACACGGUAGCCGAGAGCUACUUCACGAAUCAGAGAUUGAAGUUCAUCAACGACACCGUGAACGACUUGUAUCCCGAGGUGAAGCUUCUCGAUCCCAGCAGAGUGAACUUCUUACCGCUUCAGGAGGAAGUGAAAAGAUUGCAGACGGAAGUGUCGAAUCAGAAACGCGAGAUAGAUUACACAGCGGAGGACAGCGUGAAGUGGAAACUCGCCGCGGAGAAUAAUUUGGAGGAUAUGAACUUGCUGGAAGCGGAAGUAAUGAAAGAGAUAGAUCUGGUUAAUACCACCAUUUACGAGGUGAAAUCUUUGGCGUUGAACAUCGAGCUAGGCACAGGUGCCAAGGUGGAGAAUGCUUUGAAAGAGGCUACGGAAAUUCUGAAGAAGAUCCAGGACGUGUCUUUCAUCGAUUUCAGAGAUCGCGCGACCGAUCAAGCCGAUCAGGCCAACAUUCUCGUCUCGGCCAUGCUCGACUACAAUAUACCGGUCAGCGAUCUGUCCGAUCUCGCCGAUCAUUUGAGCGGAAAGGUCAGAAACUUGUCCGACAAGUUGGACGAUCUCCUCGAGAUCACUUGGAAGGCUCAGGAGUUGGCUAGCUCGGUGGAUAGAUUGAAUCAAGAGAAUCGAAUCGCCGCAGACACUGGAAACUUCGACAUCGUGAAGAACGCUACAGCAGAGGCGAAGGAAGAUCUGAUCGCUGGACAAGAGUUAAGCAGAAACGCCAACCAGUAUAUCGACGAGGCAGAGCGUAACUUCGAGAUUUUGAGAGAAGGUGUGAUAGACAAUUCUACGGAACUGGUGAACAGAACCAUUCUGGAGAACGAACUGAUGCUGGAGGGUCUGGUAUCUCCGGUCCAGAACGCGUACUACCACGCUGACAGUCUUUACAAUCGAUCGUUGGAAUUGGACAGUCUUUUGACCGACACGAGGAACACCGACGCUGUGAAAGCAGUUUCCGCUUACAGGAACAUUGGAAACGCGAUCGAGGCUGCUCGCGAGGCCGCGUUAGAGGCCAGUAACGCAGCAGACAACGCGACCCUGCUGUCGGACGGUAUCGGACAGAGGAUGUCGAAUUCGCGAAGCGCGUCUUUGCAUCUCUUAGACUCUGCUAAUAACACUUUGUCGAAGACAAUGGGGAAACCCGAGUUGGAUUUGAGCAACGCUCAACUGGAAGCUGCCUUUAUCUCCAGUGUGAAUACGCGCAACAGAGAUCUGUUGGAUUACAUCGACAAGAUCCUCGAGAGUAUGCAAUCGCCGUCUGCAGCGGUGGCUCAGGAGGCGAUGAACGAGGCGAUAGAGGUGGAGAAGAAGCUGAGAUCCUCUGUGAACAACAUGAACGGGAUCGUGGAUAAAAUCCCGGAGGAUCUGAAAGAAGCGAAACGGCUGUCGAAGGACAUUUCGGAAUCGAUCCGCGACAUAUCGCAGGCGAAGAAACAGUUGGACAUGAUCGACAAGUAUCUCCCGAACAUGGCGAACUUGUUGAACGACUUGAACACGAACCAAAAGUCCAUAGAGAGCAACGGGAACGAUUUGCAGAGUAAGAUCGAGGCGUUGAAGAACAAGAUCUCGAAUGCUAGAGAAUUGGCGGAUCGUUUCGACAUCGGGCUGACUUUCUACAGAAACACCACGCUCGAGUUGAAGAACCCGGAGAAUCUACCUCUGUUGGCUACGUCUACGAAGAUAUCGCUCAACUUCCGAACGAACACAACCAACGGUUUCUUGCUGUAUCUAGGAAACGAGGAGAACGCGAAGCUACCGCGUUCGAAGACCCACGAUUUCAUGUCUCUGUUGAUCGAAAGUGGGUACCCGGUGCUUAUCAUAGACCUAGGAUCAGGACCCGAGAAGAUCAUCAACGACAAAUUCGUGUCGGAUAACGUAUGGAGGCAGAUAAUCGUGGAGAGAACUGGUAAAAACGUGAAGCUGAUCGUUCGCGAGGAUAUCGGCGAAGGGAAGGAUCGACUUUACGAGAAAGGACACGUUUUGCCUGGAUCUUAUUCGAUAUUUAACCUGGAUCAAGAACACUCGAAGCUAUUCGUAGGCGGUUAUCCACCGUCGUUCAACAUGCAGAACGCGGUAACAGCGUCCUCGUUCGAGGGUGAAAUGGAGGAGCUCGUGAUAGGAGAGGACACGCCGGUGUCUUUCUGGAACUUUGUCGACGGAGAGAAUAACGAAAAUACCGCCGCCCAGAGGGAUAAAUUGGUGAAUUUCCAACCAAGCACCGGUUACAGAUUCGACAGCCACGGAUACGCGAUUCUGAGCAAGAGAGCCUUGCAGAUCUCACCGGACAGCAAGAAGUUCAGCAUUAAAUUGAACUUCAAGACGUUCACGGACAACGGACUGAUCUACUUAAUGGGUAAAGGUAAACAGUUCCUGUCUCUCGAGAUGAGGGACGGCCACGUGCUUUAUCAGUACGACUUAGGAGAAGGAGAGACCAGUCUGAAAUCCACGAACAGAUACAACGACGGAAACUGGCACAACGUCGAAGCUCUUAGGUUCGAGAAGAUGGGCGUUCUGAAGGUAGACGGUGUGGAUGUCGUGAAGAGCAAAGCGGAAGGAAACACGAAGAAUUUAGUGUCCUCGGAUAACAUUUACUUCGGAGGAUAUCCGCCGAACGCUAGACAUCCUUACGAUCCUGUGAGCAACGACGGUUUCGAAGGUUGCAUCGACGAUGUAGUCAUUUUAGAUACUAUAGUCGACCUGACGCGUAACAUUCAAGCGUUUGGCGUGGUACCUGGUUGUCCAGUUCGGUUCGCCAGCUUGGUGUCUUUCGAGGAGAGCACACCUGGUUACGUGAGAUGGCACAAUAUCUCCGUAUCUGACGUUCUUCAAGUGAACUUGAAAUUCAAGACCCUAGCGAACGACGGUCUGAUCUUCUACGUAACCGACCACGAGAAGGGUGUAGUCAGUUAUCUGUCUGUAAUCGACGGUGUCCUCGUCUUCAACAGUCAGGGCGAAGAGCUACGAACAAGUUCCGCUGGUAUCAAGUUCAACGACAACGAAUGGCACGUAGUCACCGCCACUCAUUCGCGGGAAUCUCUGAAAAUGGACAUCGACGACACGAAGAAUUACAGCUCUGACUUAGAACCACCUGCGUUGAACAUACCUUACGGCAGUUUGUACAUCGGAGGUUUACCAGCCGCCUUUGGUAUCCCUCCAGCAGGCGCUAUGACGCCGUUCGUCGGUUGCAUAGGGGAUGCGACGUUGAACGGAGUGAUUAUUAAUUUCGCGAACACGACAGAGAGGCUUCACGCUCUUUUAGGAAAAUGCAAACUGGGUGAUCCGCCGUCUCUACCAGCUAUUCCUGGCCUAGAAACAGACAUCCCGCCUCCUCUGUUGCCCACAGAAAGUCCAGACGACAAUAUUGAAAUAUCUACGCAGAUUAACAUCAUCGAUGUUGAUUUGGAUAAGGAUGUAGACGAGGACGAGCCUACCAUAGAAGGACGUGGAAACUACCACGAUGAAUUAACUACCACUUUAGAGCCAACCACUUCAACGCAGAGAACAACGCCGUUACACGUGGAUCAGUGUCGGUUGCCUUAUUAUCCAGCUGUCGAUCCAAACUUGGAACAUACCUGGCGAUUCGGUACGGCGAGAAACAGCAGAUUGGAGUACAGAUCGUUGAACGGAAGAUACAGGAACGACUAUGAUUUCCAGAUCAACGUGAAAACGAUGGCCGAGGAAGGAAUCAUUUUCUUCACGUCCGAUAUUUCCGACGAGAGUAUGAUCGCUUUGUACGUCAGAGACGGAAAGAUUCAUUACACGUUCAAUUGUGGAAGCGGACCGGCUCAGCUGGUCGAGGAGAUGAAAAUAAACGACAACCAAUGGCACUUUGUGACGUUCAAGAGGCAAGGAACCUAUGGAGAGCUUAUCGUCGACGAGAAUCCUCCGGUUGGCGGAUUUUCUCCAGGACCUACGGAAACUAUGAGCGUCAGUCCACCGUUUUACGUUGGCGGAGUGCUUCAAGACAUGUCCAACAAAGUCCUGAACAUGAUCGGUAUGAAUCACACCUUCAACGGAUGUCUAGGAAACUUCAUGGUGAACGGACAGCCUGUUAGCGAGCCUAUAAAUAAAGUAGGUGUGAUUCCAUGCUCGAAUCGAGUCGAACCAGGAUUAUUCUUCUUCCCUGGAAAUGGUAGCAAUUUAUUCAGAGCAGUCGAUAAAUUCACCGUUGGAAGAACAGUUGACAUUCAAAUGGACAUUAAACCACGUUCAACAUCUGGACACUUGCUAUCUGUUCACGGUAAACGAGAUUAUUUAGUCUUGGAAAUGAUCAACGGAACCGUGAAGUUCCUCGUUAAAACGGCGAAGGGUUCGAUAGAGACCUCCUUCGAACCGACCAAACUGAAUUCUUUAUGCGAUGGUAAUUGGCACAAUAUUCGAGCUGUGAAACAAAAGAACGCGGUGCUUUUGUCGGUGGACCACAAAGCAGCCGCGCCAGGAAUCGGUGGGAAGAACGUGGCGGGUGUUCUGUCGAAACAUCCGAUCUUUAUCGGUGGUCACCCGAUGCUUGGAAAGAGAUUACGGGGAAGCACCUCGCAAACACAAUACGUCGGAUGUAUCACGAAUAUACACAUCAACAUGAAAGCCAUCACUCUGGGCCCGGAACGUGCUUACGGGCAGGUUAUCUCUGGCGUAUGUCCAACGAUAUAAGCAAGGCCGCCGUUUAAAAAUCAUUUAACACGAGCGUUGCAAUUCUUUCCUAUCGUUCUGACGAUCUUU